UUGAGCUUCUACUAUCUUUCAUUACUACUGGCCUUGACAAAUUUAUGAACACCGUUCGUGAUAUGUCCUGCUGAAUAAGGUAUAACGGUGACAUUGGCUAUUCGACCACCACACUCUGUACGCCAAGUGCCUAUCGCGUCACCACGCUACUAGAUCGCCGGGCACUGUUUCUAGUAAACAUAAUAUUCCCGACUGAGAGAUCUUUCUGGGCACUCCGGUCCAUUUGUCCCUACCAGAGAAUCCUUUAUAGCAGCCACGUUAAUGGUGGAUGCACUGGCCUCGAUGUUGGCCCAGCUGCAACUGGAUGUCCAACGUCUUAGCGGAUCGGCCUUCGAUGCCCGAAUCACGGAAGAGGAAAAUAGAACGUACAGGAACCAUGCACCGUGCGAGAGAGCGCGUCCCAGUGUGGAAGACCUCAAGACUGAGCUGGAACGUGACUUUUUGACGCCGUCGCCCAAGUUCAGUCCAGAGUGGUUGAAUCGUUUACAGCGGAGAUGGGACGUUUCGACGGACUACACAGAUCUCUUUGAGGUUGCACCCACUCAGACUCGAACGGUUACUCGGUUUACUCGUGAAGGGUUGGAAGGCCGUGUCACCGGGUAUCACGAGGUGACAGUGCCUGCCGUUCAGGAAACCUCGAAGAAUUCAACAUCACUGCUGCGACGACCAGCUGGUCGUGCCGAGUUCGUGAGAGGCGCCGCCGGGUUCUUUCCUUUUGCGCCGGGUGGACUAGAUGGUGUUGAGGCGGUUGCUGCCAUGGAGUCGGAUGCACAGGUAGCAGAUCAGUUCCAGACAGGAGCAAAACAGGGAGGACUGGAUCGGAUUAUCAACUUUGGGACCGAUGGUGGCCUCUUAGAAGUACCUCCUGGCUUCUCCCGCGGACUGAAAUUCGAGAAGGCGGAGACCAAGGAAGCCGCAGAGGACCACCAAGAAGUUGAGGAUUCACUUUUGCGGGAAGAAAAAGACCUAUAUCUGGAACCUUUGGAACCGCUCGCUGAUACCGAUGCAAAGUCGAAGGCCGAGAAGGAAGGAAAAGUCAGUGAAGAGGAAGAGGAAGAGGAGGAAGAGGAGGAAGAAGAAGACAUUGAUUCCCUGCUACCCGUCGAAUUCCCAUCCCUGGAGCCCCGUGCACCCUUACUUGCAGGAGUUUCGAAGAAAAUAGGUAAAGAAUGGGCCCAUGUAAUCGAUGUCAACAAGGAGAUUCCGAAUUUCCGAGAGCUUGUUCCAGACAUGGCGAGAGAGUGGCCGUUUGAACUGGACACUUUCCAAAAGGAGGCAGUCUACCAUCUUGAGAAUGGGGAUUCUGUCUUUGUCGCAGCCCACACGUCGGCUGGUAAAACAGUCGUCGCUGAAUACGCUAUUGCCUUGGCUGCAAAACAUAUGACCAAAGCGAUCUACACAUCUCCUAUCAAGGCUUUGAGUAAUCAGAAAUUUCGGGACUUCCGACACACUUUCGAUGAUGUCGGGAUUCUGACGGGUGAUGUACAGAUCUCUCCAGAAGCGAGUUGUCUGAUUAUGACAACGGAGAUCCUCAGGAGUAUGCUAUACAGGGGAGCUGAUGUGAUUCGAGACGUUGAAUUCGUUAUUUUCGAUGAAGUCCACUACGUCAACGAUCUAGAAAGAGGCGUUGUCUGGGAAGAAGUCAUUAUUAUGCUUCCUGAGCAUGUCACUUUGAUCCUACUUUCUGCCACUGUUCCGAACACGUAUGAAUUUGCAUCCUGGGUUGGCCGCACGAAGAAAAAGGAUAUCUACGUUAUCUCUACUGCUAAGCGUCCCGUCCCGUUGGAGCACUACCUUUGGGCUGGAAAAGACAAACAUAGGAUUGUUGACUCCAAUAAGAAGUUCAUCGAACAGGGUUGGAAAGAAGCAGAUGACAUUUUGUCUGGCAGAGACAAACUUAAAGCGCAGAAGGCAGCUGAGGCGAGAGCUCAGGCGCAGGCGCAAGCCCAAGCACAACGAGGUGGACGAGGCGGGCCUCAAGGGAGAGGACGAGGGCAGCCAUCUGCCAGAGGCAAUGGACCUCGAGGCGGCGCCCAGCAAAGAGGUAGAGGACAACCAGCGCACCGAGGAUCCGGAAAUAUUGCUCGAACAGGUCGUGGAGGGGGUCGGACCACUGUUGCUCAAGAUAGAAAUACUUGGGUUACCGUUGUCCAGCAUCUGCGCAAGGAGAACCUUUUACCUGGCUGCAUAUUCGUCUUCUCGAAAAAGAGAUGCGAAGAAAAUGCGAACUCGCUGUCUAGUCAGGACUUUUGUACCGCAUCAGAGAAAAGUCUGAUACACAUGUUCAUUGAAAAGUCACUCACUCGGUUGAAGCCGGAGGACAGACUCUUGCCACAGAUUCUUCGACUGCGUGAGCUGCUGAGUAGGGGAAUUGCUGUGCACCAUGGUGGUCUUCUGCCAAUCAUGAAGGAGAUUGUUGAGAUCCUAUUUGCUAAGUCACUGGUCAAAGUGCUCUUUGCUACAGAGACAUUUGCUAUGGGUCUUAAUCUGCCAACCCGCACGGUCGUUUUCUCUGGGUUCCGCAAACACGACGGCAAGAGCUUUAGGGAUUUGCUUCCUGGAGAAUACACACAGAUGGCUGGACGUGCUGGGCGUCGGGGUCUGGACACCGUCGGCUACGUUAUUAUUGUUGCCACUGGCAGGGAUGAGGCGCCUCCUGCAGGUGCUUUGAGGAGGAUGAUCCUGGGAGAACCUACUAAGCUACGGUCGCAGUUCAGGCUGACAUACAAUAUGAUUCUCAAUCUACUGCGGGUGGAAGCUCUCAGAAUAGAGGAGAUGAUCAAGCGAAGCUUCAGUGAAAACGCUACUCAGGCUCUGUUGCCAGAACAUGAGAAGCAGGUCCAGCUUUCAGAAGCUAGUCUUGAGAAGAUUAAACGUGAGCCUUGCCAAACGUGUGAUAUCGACCUAACCAACUGCCAUGACGCGGCCGUUGAAUAUGAGAGGUUGACUGCCGAGCUUCACCAUAAACUGCAGUCUUCACCUGUGGGACGACGACUUUUUAUGAUUAAGCGACUUGUCGUAUACCGAAAGGAAGGAAUUCGUACGGCUGGUAUCAUUGUCCGGGAAGGAGUCGGCGGAGGUCCUACGCCCACUAUCCAGGUUCUCGAGAUCGGUAAAUUGGGAGGUAAGCGUCAUCCAGACGAUAUCCUCCCUUUUCUUCCAGCGUUCCGACAUCUUUUGUCACCUUUACCUACUCGCGGCGCCGAUAUGACCUUGAAGGUGUGCCGGAUACCGCUUUCGGACCUCGAGUGUGUAACCAACACGCUAGUGAAAGUGGGAGGCCCAAUCUGGUACCUGAAUAUUAAGAAAGAGGCAAUAAAAUUUGCCGACAAAGAACUAUCCAAACUGUGUGCUUCCUGGACAGACACCGUCUGGGACGAGAUGGAUUGGGCUCGCGUCAAGGAGCUUCAUGUCAGGGACAUUCUCGAGAAACGACAAGCUCAAGCUGCCAUCAUCCAAACUUGUCAAUGCUUGGACUGCCCUCAGUUUUUGAAGCAUUUUGAGAUGCAACAUGACGAAUGGCAAGUCAAGGAGAACAUCUCUCAAUUGAAACAGCUCAUGUCGGAUCAAAACUUGCAACUUCUGCCAGACUACGAACAACGGGUUUUGGUAUUGAAGGAAUUGGGAUUUGUUGACGAACAGUCUCGCGUGCAGCUGAAAGGAAAGGUGGCUUGUGAGAUUCAUUCUGCCGAUGAGCUAGUCCUAACAGAACUGAUUCUCGAAAACGUUCUCGCGGACUACGAACCCGAAGAGAUAGUCGCACUUUUAUCUGCGUUUGUCUUCCAAGAAAAGACAGAGAAUGUCCCGACUCUGACUCCUCGCCUGGAGAAGGGCAAAGAGGCGAUCAUCCGAAUCUCGGAUAAGGUGAACGAUUACCAGAUUCAACAUCAGGUAAUUCUCUCCAGCGAAGAUGCGAAUGACUUCGCCAGCAAGCCGCGGUUCGGUCUCGCAGAGGUCGUCUACGAAUGGGCGAAGGGAAUGUCAUUCAACCGUAUAACCGAUCUUACGGAUGUGAUGGAAGGCACAAUUGUGCGGACCAUUACUCGUCUGGACGAGACAUGCAGGGAGGUGAAGAAUGCUGCCAAGCUGGUUGGAGACCCAUCUUUGUAUAUGAAGAUGCAGCAGGCUCAGGAGCUGAUCAAGAGAGAUGUGAUUUUUGCUGCAUCUCUGUAUAUGUAACUUGGAGCUUAGAACCUCUGGACUGCAGGGCUAUAUAGAUGGAUCAGUAGUAAUUCAGUGAGUGAAUGAAUGGAUGCAUAAAUUAUUUUUCGUCUCCUUUCCCUCUCGCUUUCUACCUUUCUCUUUCUCUAGGGGACUGUUCGUGGACAUUAACG